ACAUCCAUUGGUCAGGGGCAAAUACCACUAGCUCUGCAUCCUCAGUCACUUUGUGCCAUUUCAUCACGUCAGAGCCAAAGGAAAGCUUGAAUAAUGAAGACAUUGGCAAUACUUGUUCUGGGACUUGUCAUCUUUGAUGCUGCUGUGACUGCCCCAACUCUAGAGUCCAUCAACUAUGACUCAGAAACCUAUGAUGGCACCUUAGGAGACCUGGAUAAUUUGUACAACUAUGAAAACAUACCUGUUGAUCAAGUUGAGAUUGAAAUAGCCACAGUGAUGCCUUCAGGGAACCGAGAGCUCUUCACUCCACCCCCACAGCCUGAGGAGGCCCAGGAAGAGGAAGAGGAGGAAGAAUCCACUCCCAGGCUGAUUGAUGGCUCUUCCCCGCAGGAGCCUGAAUUCACGGGGGUUCUGGGGCCACACACAAAUGAAGACUUUCCAACCUGUCUUCUGUGUACUUGUAUAAGUACCACCGUGUACUGUGAUGACCAUGAACUUGAUGCUAUUCCUCCGCUGCCCAAGAACACCGCUUAUUUCUAUUCCCGCUUUAACAGAAUUAAAAAGAUCAACAAAAAUGACUUUGCAAGCCUAAGUGAUUUAAGAAGGAUUGAUCUGACAUCAAAUUUAAUAUCUGAGAUUGAUGAAGAUGCAUUCCGAAAACUGCCUCAACUUCGAGAGCUUGUCCUGCGUGACAACAAAAUAAGGCAGCUCCCAGAAUUGCCAACCACUUUGACAUUUAUUGAUAUUAGCAACAAUAGACUUGGAAGGAAAGGGAUAAAGCAAGAAGCAUUUAAAGACAUGUAUGAUCUCCAUCAUCUGUACCUCACUGAUAACAACUUGGACCACAUCCCUCUGCCACUGCCAGAAAAUCUACGAGCCCUUCACCUCCAGAAUAACAACAUUCUGGAGAUGCACGAAGAUACGUUCUGCAAUGUUAAAAAUUUGACUUAUAUUCGUAAGGCACUAGAGGACAUUCGAUUGGAUGGAAACCCUAUUAAUCUCAGCAAAACUCCUCAAGCAUACAUGUGUCUGCCUCGUCUGCCUGUUGGGAGCCUUGUCUAAUUUCAGAUAAUGGUUGGCAUUAAGUUGCCUACUAUAAAUAAACCAUACUACUCUCUUCCAAAACAAAACUCAGCAUGAUACUUUGAGAUUGUGUUCUGAGAGAUGAUAUGAGUACAUAAAAUACAAUUUAAAAUGCUAUAAUAUAAUGAAAAUGUAGUAAUUUAAGAAAACACCAGAGGAGUUAGGAAUAAACCUAUAAGAUUUACAAAAAGAGCAAAACUAAGUGAUAGAAAAUAUUUCACACAUGUUCUUAUAGAUCGUGUAUCACUUGCAAGUUUUAGGAGUUCAUAUCCUAUAUAAUGUCAAGUUAAGUACAUAAUAAAGUAAAACUUUGAAAUGAACGCUUUAGGUAUUUUUGCCAACAUGUAGAUGUUUUUAAUUAAACUUUUCUCUUCCUUUUUUUUCCACUAAGGCAUGUUUAUUCCCCUAAUCCACUAAAGAGCACGAAGAAUAAAAGUUUUAGAAAAUUA